GAAAUGGGGCAGGCUUUAUGUUGCUUACAAGUGGACCAGUCUGUGGCCAUCAAAGAAACUUUUGGUAGGUUCACUGAUGUGCGGCCUGGAUGCCACUGCUUGCCAUGGUGUCUAGGGCAGCAGAUUGCUGGCUAUCUCUCAUUGCGUGUGCAACUUGAUGUUCGUUGUGAAACAGACAAAGGUGAUAACGUGUUUGUUACUGUUGUUGCAUCUAUACAAUACCGUGCUCUUGCUGGCAAGGCGUCUGAUGCUUUUUAUAGACUUAGCAACACAAGGGAACAGAUUCAAUCUUAUGUUUUUGAUGUCAUCAGGGCGAUUCCAAAGCUGAACUUAGAUGAUGUAUUUGAACAGAAGAAUGAUAUUGCAAAAGCUGUGGAAGAUGAACUUGAAAAGGCAAUGUCAAUGUAUGGAUAUGAUAGUUCAAACACUUAUUGUGGAUAUGAGCCUGACGAGCAUGUUAAGAGAGCAAUGAAUGAGAUUAAUGCAGCUGCUAGGCUGAGGGUGGCAGCAAAUGAAAAGGCUGAAGCUGAGAAAAUACUGCAGAUCAAGCGCGCUGAAGGAGAUGCAGAAUCCAAGUACUUGGCAGGGCUUGGUAUAGCACGCCAACGCCAGGCCAUUGUGGAUGGGCUGAGGGACAGCGUGCUUGCCUUCUCCGUAAAUGUGCCUGGGACCACAGCCAAGGAUGUCAUGGAUAUGGUGCUUGUGACACAGUACUUUGACACCAUGAAAGAGAUUGGAGCAUCCUCAAAGUCCUCUUCCGUGUUCAUCCCUCAUGGGCCUGGGGCUGUGAGGGACAUUGCUACGCAAAUAAGGGACGGCCUCCUCCAAGCCAACACCACUCACCAGUAGGACCAAAUGGGAGGCUAGUUUCCCAGCAAUGUCAUGGCUGAUUGUUUAAAAGGGUUGAUUGUUUCUUUUCUUUGUUAAGUGCUUUAAUUUGUUGCCAGUAUUGGGAAGAUGCAGAAUACAAAACUAUAAGAUGGUGUGCAUAUAGUGAGUAUAUAUUUUAGGCUUAUUGUUUUGUGCAUUUUGUGAGCAUGUUGUACAUGAUUUGGUGUAACUAGCGAUUUUCAUGGUACAAUUUAUGAGUGCAUGGUAAAGGCAAUAAGGAUGGAGGUGACUGUUAUUAUCA